AUGAGAAAAUCACGGUGAGUUACCGUAACCCUAAAUACCCUAAUAACUCCCAAUUUUUUUUUUAGAUAAUCCUGACCUAUGUGUGACAUCAAGGUACAGCCAUAUAAAAAAGUGAAUAGAAAAUUACCGUAAGUUUAUUUUUUUUUUAAGAAUUUUUUUGCCACGUCAUGAUUUUUCAGAUCUCCAAAAAACUUACUGUAUCUAAACUACAGUCUAGUUUUCCCCCCUCUUCACAAAUCGAGCCUCUACGUGGCGAAGAGGAUCAACCAUUUUUUCUUGCGAGAAACAAAUGGGCUAAUCGAUUUAGUCGCAGGCGCGACGUGGGUUUUGCGACUGAAAAGUCGCGACUCGCAGUGUGGUCACACAAUGUGACGUAUGUAAGUUUUUUUUUUCAAAUUUUUGGGGCAGGGAUUUUGGGAUAACAAGAAAAAUUCAAAAAUUUAAUUUUGGAACCCAUAAAUUUACUUGGUAGAUCAAUUCAGAAAUUGGUUACAAUCUCAAAAUUUUCAUUUCUAGCUCUCAAAUUUGGACCGAAAAAUCUACAACUCCUAAUUUUUUCUUAAAUUUAAAAAGUCAAAAUCUAUUUGUAUCUAGCCCCGCUAAAACUUCAUAAUUCCUCUCUUGUACUACUAAAAAUAUAGUUUUUUUCAGAAAGCUAGAAAUAUGAUGGCGCAUUUCAAGUCGAUGGAUCCCCGACACGGGCAGGAGCCACAUAUGUCAGUUUUUUUUAAUGGCUACAGCAGGUUAGCGUAAGUCGUUUGUUUUUUUCUUCAAAUUAUAUCUUGAAAAAAUAUACAUUUUUUCAGAAACGUUGCGCCCGACGAUUAUGUGGUUUACUCACUCGACCAGCCGGGGACCUGA